AUGUACGCCCCAAAUCCCGAUACGGCAUCAACCCAAACCGACAUCGAAAAAGCCAAACUCGCCAGACGGCAAGCCGAGUAUGCAGUUCUGACGGAUGCCUUGAGGAGGGGCAUCCCUGCCAUCUAUAUCCCGUUCCUGGUAGCUGCUGCGUCGGCGCCUCGUGAGACUCCUGUUCCUUCUGCAGAUAUGUGUGCACCCGCGCGCGGUGGGUAUGCGUAUGCGUCUAGGGAUGGGAACGGGGUGUAUCCGCAUCUACGGGGGGGUUACCGAGGGCCGGUACCGGUGUCGGAGGGUAUGCUCUCAGUCAGACAGCGUGAGCAUGAGCACGCUCGGCCCGUGGUGUAUCGGCGAGUACAGCUGGAUGAUAGCUUCCUGCGAAGGGCAUAUAAACGGCGGGCAUGGAGUAGUGAGGGAAGAGCAAGAGCUGGGUUGGGGGCGGCGAUAUCUACGGCUGCGUCUGCGUCUGCGUCUGCUGGACAGGUGUAUUUCCAUCAUUGGCUGCCUGGGGGACGUAAGACGAGGAGAAGGUAUUAA